ACAUGACCGUUGUCGCUUCUUCCUGGUGCAGGAAUCAUCCGUGGUAUGUGACGAUCCAGACACUCAACGAAGACCAAUUUAAUCAGCGCCAACAAAACCGAAAAAGAGAAAACAACACUGAAGGAAAAGGGCACAUUUCUGAAGAUUUGUUUCGUGAGGAUUCUAGCUUGCGGCAGCAGAGAGAGCACAAGCCGUGAGCGUACGUUGUUGCAAGUAAAGCUCUCUUACUGCCCUUCGUUCCUGUCGCUGGACCGUGUGCAUGUUGUGAUUCGCCCCUUGCCUUGACAAACAACUUAACAAAAAUGACACAACAACAUAGCCGCAAGCAACCUUUGUCCAUUGCAUUCAUCGCGCUUUUAGCGGUCACGAUGCAUCAGAGCUUUGCUGCCACUGACGCUCCGCCCACGGCUGCCCCUCAAACCACGGCUCCGCCUCCUGCACCCCCGGCCCGGCCCAAGAGAGGCAACUACACUGUAACCAACGGCAAUGGGACCGCCUGUCUGAUGGCCCGCAUGGGACUGCAGCUCAAUGUCAGCUUCAGCUCUGCCUCUCUCAAUAAGACUGUGCUAGAGGUGGUGAACCUGCAGCCCAACCUGACUAAGAGCUCAGGGUCAUGUGACUUGGACAGCGCCACCCUACUGCUGAAGGCUGACGAGAAUGCAACCAGCCUCACCCUCGUCUUCUCCCUGAAUGCCACGUCCAGUAAGUACCACCUCAGUGGAGUGACCCUGUUGGCAGCCUGGCCGGACAUGCAUGUGCCCUUCUCAGCCAGUAACCGUAGUCUGGACUACCUGCGUGGUACCCUGGGGCGUAGUUACAUGUGUCGUGAGGAGCAGACUCUGGCUGUGACUGUCAACUUCUCUCUCAACACCUUCCAGCUGCAGGUGCAGCCCUUCGGCCUCAAAGGGGACCAGUUUGGAGCAGCGGAGGAGUGUCAGCUGGAUGAGGAUGACAUGUUGAUCCCCAUCAUCGUGGGCGCUGCGCUGGCUGGCCUGGUCCUCGUCGUUCUCGUGGCCUACCUCAUCGGCAGGAAGAGGAGCCACGCUGGCUAUCAGACCAUCUAAAAUCACUUCCUAUCAACUGACACCCCCCCAAGAGCCAGAGAGCGCAAGCCCGCCCCAUUUUACCCUCCAGCUACUAACAAUCACCUGGAUUGACUGAACCUCACUGCGACCCUUAAACUGAACUUUCCCCAAUUCAGUUGGUCUCAUCUUAGAAUCCUUGCUGCCCCAUCCUCCCCUCUGAACUCUCACUAGCCCCACGUUGGGUAUCCAUGGGGUUGAUAUGCGCUUUCAGGACUGAACUGCUCCUUUGUAUGAAAAAAAAAAAAAAGUGGGAAUCUGCUGAGAUUUGAAUUUACAUAACGAAACACUCUU